CUACUGCCUUAUUUGGCAGGAGGAGGCAGUCCUUAUGUGACUGGGGUGGAAAAUGGUGGAAAGGAAAUUCAGACGGCUGCAGUAGACUGAAGGAUACCAGCAGUUUUAUCUCCGCCUACUGACUCACAUUGUUCGGCUGUAGCGUGGCAGAAGACAAGAAGUAAUGGCUGACGCCGGGCAGAUCAAGAAAACUGCAGCCAAAGUGCUGUGCUGCGUGGAGAAGGUUUCCUCCUUCGCUUCUUCCAUCGACCCCAUUUUCGGCGUAGUUUCUUCCCUGGUCGGGGUUGCCCGCAAGGGCCUGUUGGAUGAAGAGGGCCACGAGCUGGACAAGGACUUCCAGGAAAUCAAUACUAAACUAGAGAGCAUCUCCCAGAAGAACCAACACUGCCUGAGGAAGAUCCGCAUUGAUGAAGUGAACGAAACCUACGGCAAGUAUGAGGAGUUCAUCAAGCACCAGUAUGCUGCCUUCAACACCAUGGUGGCUCAGGUGAAGAAAGAUCCAGACCACACCCAGCGCUACAUGGACAACUUUGAGAAAACUUACGAGAGAGACAAGAGCGACCUGAGCCUGGACGUCUACUACCGCGGCGUGAUGGGCACACACUCGCUGUUUGGAAGACCGCUGCUGAAGGUGUAUCUGGACAACUGCGACGGCGACCGCGAGAUCAUGGAGCACCGCUGUUCGCACAUCGCUCACCUGUUCCACAUGGGCCUCAUCGCCCUCAUGGCCUACACAGCUGUUACUGAAGACGACGAAGACGAAGUGUGGGAGAAGUGGGCCGGCAGGGUGCAUGACAUCCAGGAGAAGAUGCAGGAGGUGAUGAGUCAGUGCAAACAACCGGAAAAAUCACCUUCAACAUGAACCUCUGCAGAGAGAGAAAGAGAAAGACGGGUGGCUACAGCGAGACAUCUCAGCUCAGCUGUGGCCAAAUGGGGGAAAAAUGAUAAAGGAUGCUAUAUUAUAAAGAUUUAUUAGACCAAAGCCUUGUACGUAUUCCUGUACUUUAGCUGCAUCUUAUGUUUGCAUUGUUAGUUGUUGUCAUGUGUGCAUUAUUAUCCAAAACGACCACUGUCGGCUGCUGUCAGGAAAUGCUGAAGUUUUAUACAGCCUCUCCAUUAACAUACAUAAAUUAUUAUUUGCUCAAGCUGUGUCAAUAUGGCAAAUCCAAAUCAUCUCUGCAUAAUUAGACUUCUCUCAGAUGUGUGUUCUGUGCUGUACAUUUUCUAAAUUGUACCAAAAUACAAUAAAAAAAACCCCAUCUGAUUACAAUUAUUUUUCUUAUUAUUUUUAAACACGUCAUAAUUAUUGAAAGAAAGAGGCCUCAUAAAGUAAAAAAUUUAUCUCAGGGGAAAAAUGACAGUCUGAAGUGCCAUCACACAAAGACUCUGGUUGACCAAUAAACAAAAGACAUUAAAUACAAUGGGGCUGAAGUGAUUUUUCUGGUUGGUGGUUGUUUAAAUGUCAGGACAUGCUUGUGCAUGAAUCAUUUCUUUAGAUUGAGGCAUGAUGAAAGGUUGCAAAAGUUGUGAAAUGAUCAACUAUUCAAAGUAAUCACUGAUUCAAGGCAAUAACACAAUAUGUCAAAUUAUAAGAUAUGACAAUAGAAGUAAACUGAAAGACAGAUUUGGGAGUUUUAAGGGUUGACUAAUAUCUGAAUAAAGCUGCAGCCCAUUAACUUGAUAUGA